CCAGGAGCUGGCGCCACGUGGUCUCUAACUGGGUUCUUUCAUUGUCAUUUCCUAGGUCCAGCUGGGAACUUCCCGACCUGCGAGAAGGGCGAGUAAAAGCCAUCAGCGACUCUGAUGGUGUGAGCUACCCCUGGUACGGGAACACCACGGAAACCGUGACCUUGGUGGGGCCCACCAGCAAGGUCUCCCGGUUCUCAGUCAGUAUGAAUGACAAUUUUUACCCGAGUGUGACGUGGGCGAUCCCGGUGAGUGACAGCAACGUGCCGCUGCUGACCAGGAUUAAGAGGGACCAGAGCUUCACCACAUGGCUCGUGGCCAUGAACAUGACCACCAAGGAGAAGAUCAUCCUGCAGACCAUCAAGUGGCGGAUGCGCGUGGAGAUUGAAGUGGACCCCAUGCAGCUGCUGGGGCAGCGAGCGCGACUAGUGGGAAGGACUCAGCAGGAGCAGCCCCGGAUUCUGAGCCGGAUGGAACCCAUCCCCCCAAACGCACUAGUGAAACCCAACGCCAACGAUGCCCAGGUCCUCAUGUGGAGACCCAAGCGAGGCCAGCCGCUGGUCGUGAUACCUCCCAAGUAGAUGGCGUGUGGGCGGGCUUGCUGGAGGACUUCCUUGCGGCUGGCGUGGUGCAAAUGGGCUGGAUUUCUUGAGCCAAAGCAGACCUGGGGGGGCCAUGUG